GGUGUGGCCUGUUGUAAAGGCCCUCCCUUUCCUCCCCCUUCCUGCAAAACUGAGUCACUGCUGCUAAUUUAAUUCCUCUGCCUCAUUCCAAGGAUUCCAGAGGAAAACUGUCACCCUUCCAAAAUACCAGGCAGGCCUCUUGCACCCUUUUUGCGCAUUCCGCCUCUUUCCAUAGCUUCCCAUUUCCAAACCCCAAAAAGGGGGCAGGAACCUCUUGGAAGAACCAAAAUUAACCCUAGAGGUGGAGAGCUUGAAUCCACUCUUUCUCUCUAAACACCCCCCCUUUUUUUUCCUCCACCACUUUUUCUUUUCUUUUCUCUAAAGCAAAGUUCAGGAAAACUUUCCUUUUUCACUUCCACUUGCAACUUAUCAAGAAACUACUCUUGACAUUUUAGAGCCUGGCGACCGAGCAAAGGUGGCUAGCCCCUCCAGGGAGAUGGGGGAUGCUGGGGAGAAGAGUCUAGAUAAUGAUGCAGAAGGGGUCUGGAGCCCUGACAUAGAACAGAGUUUCCAAGAAGCGCUGGCAAUCUAUCCACCCUGUGGGAGGCGCAAGAUCAUUCUUUCCGAUGAGGGGAAGAUGUACGGCCGCAAUGAACUUAUUGCCCGCUACAUCAAACUGAGGACAGGAAAAACACGGACAAGAAAGCAGGUUUCCAGCCACAUCCAGGUGUUGGCACGGCGGAAAACCCGUGAAAUUCAGGCCAAGCUCAAGGUGAGAUCCUUUACUGCUACCCCUGACUUGUUGAUGCCAAGACUUGCUACCCAUCCUACUGACCAGGUAGCAAAAGACAAAGCCCUUCAGACUAUGGCAGCCAUGUCUUCUGCUCAGCUCGUGUCUGCUACUGUCCUUCAGGAAAAACUGGGCCUGUCAGAACCCCACUACCCACCCAGUGCCACCUCCACAGAGUUCUUCCAGUUCUGGGCAGGUGAUGCAAAUCAGUCCCGAACCACUCCAGACAUCAAGCCAGUCCUCCAAGCACCUUAUCCUCUCCCACCAAUCAUAACACCCUCUGCUGCCCCAGGCUACCACACACCCCCAGGGAGAAUUCCUCAUCUUCCCACAACUACCUCUUGGCAAGGAAGCCACAUCGGUACGGAAACUCUUCGACUGGUGGAGUUCACUGCUUUUGUGGAGCGGCAGGGUGAACAAGAUGCGUGUAAGCAGCAACACCGUUUUGUGCACAUCGACCCAACACCCACUACUGAGCCACCCCUGGAGGUGGUAGAUGUGCGCCAAAUCUACGACAAAUUCCCUGAGCGGGGAGGCGGACUACGAGAUCUGUAUGACCAAGGGCCUCCCCAUGCCUUCUUCUUGGUCAAGUUCUGGGCUGAUCUGAGCUUUCCCCUCCCUGAAGAAGAACCAGGGGGCACAGGAGGGGCCUUCUAUGGGGUGAGCAGCCGAUACGAGGGCCCACGGGCUCUGACUCUCAGUUGCACCUCCAAGGUCUGCUCGUUUGGCAAACAGGUGGUGGAAAAGCUGGAGACGGCUGAGCCUCCCCACUGGGAAGAUGGGCGCUUUGUUUUCCAGUUGCAGCGCUCACCGCUCUGCGAGUACCUCAUCAAUUUUAUCCGUAAACUGCGAACACUGCCGGAAAAACCAAUGAUGGAUAGCGUGCUUGAAAACUUUACCAUCCUGCAGGUUUUGCGGGAUCAAGAAACUCAGGAGUUAUUAUUAUGUGUGGCGUUUGUGUUUGAAGUGUCUGCCAGCGAGCGGGGGGCACAGCAUCACAUCUACCGGCUGGGCCGGGACUGAUGAACGGUUUUUACCUUGCCACUCUUAGCAUCAAGCCACUCGCCUUCCUCUCUGAUACUCCAGCUACAGCCUCUUUUGAACUGGUUGGAUGAGGUGCCAUGAGACCUUCUCUGAGAAUGGUUUUUCUUUUCCUUGACAAUCGUUGGGCUACCAACUGCUGUGUUUGCCAGUGAUGUUCACCUUGGAAGAGAUUUGGGCUCCAUCUGCUUAUGCAAGAUGAUGUUUGUCUUCCUAAUGGCCUACAAGAACAGGUUCUAGGCUGAAACCUUAACCACUGCUAUUAUUCAGUGGCCGGUCUUAUAUCCAUGGCAACAUCUUAGUCAACAUGGUCAUUCAUUCAGAGCAGCCAUGCUCACGAAAUGAGUUUUGUCUCAUCAGUUGACUUCUGUAUGUGGAACAAUAGUUGACCUCACACUGCAGCUGCCAUUACCUCUCCUGGGCUUUUAACCACUCCAUUGUAACAAACUGGAACACAUUUCCUAGUACGCCCGUUUUAGAAAAUGGUUGAAGAGUGUAUCUGACCAUUAAUUCUCACGAAACAAAAAACAAGACAGUAAGUCUGUUUCUCCAUGUCAGAGUGCAGGUGAAGAUUCAUCAGGGUAGGCAACACUAGUGUGGUGUAAUGGUUUGAGUGUUGGACUAGGACUCCCAAGACCAGGGUGCGAAUUUCUGCUGUCAUGGAAACCCACUGGGUGCCUAGGGCAAGUAACUUUUUUACCCUAAGAGGAAAGGUAGUGGCAAACUUCCUCUGAAUAAAUCUUGCCAAGAAGACCCUAUGAACAGGCUAGCAUAAAUCUGUGUCUACUUGAAGGCACACAACAGUUACCAUUGUCACUAGCUGGGGCUGAUGGAAGUUUGGUACAAUGUUAAGAGGGCCACAGAUUCCCCACCCCUUGUUGACACUGCUAAGUACUGAGAACCAGGCUUGACCACGAGCAGAGAUAUUCAUCUUGAUAGAGAUUUAGGCAUCAUUUGCUUGUGGAGGAUGGUGAUGUUGGCUAUGCCUCUUCUGUGUGCAAUUGUGCAGGGAUAUAUUUUGUUAGAUACUGAUAACAAUUCUGCACAAAUAGAGCUGGGAUAAAGAUUCUGUUCUAGCCCUCAUCUUUCUCUGCUGGCUUUCUGCCUAAAGGGGAUUUUAUAUCUAGGCAAACAUUACAAGAAGUUAUCUCCUCAGCCUAGUCUGUGAACGUCUCUUGCUGCAGAGAUGGAGAGCCAUUCUAAAAAGAAGCAAAGUGUAAGAGGGAGGGGAGUGUUGCUCUAAAGUACAGUGUGAAUAAGUCUCAUCCGGACUCUGUGUACUUUCUACUAUAUGAACCUCUUCCCUGUGACAUACAGGAGCUGUAACAGGCCCCUACCUCUUUGGGAAAGGGUAAAAAACAAGCUGAUAUUGAAUAAAAUUUAUUUUGACAUAA